AUGGCUGAGGUGAAGAUAAAACAUUUUGUUACCUUGGUUUAUCUGUCACAGGAGCUAGUGCAGACUGUGAGUUUUGGUGGCAACUACCUUCUCAAUGUGGGCCCUACAAAAGAAGGGGUGAUUGUUCCCAUCUUCCAAGAGAGACUUCUGGCACUUGGGAGGUGGCUGGACACUAACGGGGAGGCAAUUUAUGAAUCAAAGCCAUGGAGGGUGCAGAUGGAGAACAGCACAAACAGCGUCUGGUAUACGUCUAAAGGACCAGUGGUCUAUGCCAUCUUUCUGACCUGGCCCCAGGACAGUCUGUUGAAGCUCGCUUCACCUGUUCCAUCCCCAGACUUGCAAGUGACCAUGCUGGGUCUCGCAGGGGCUCUGGAGUGGCAGAAGUCCCCCGAUAAAGGAGUGCUCAUAACGUUGCCCCAUGUGCCUCCCUCUCCUCUGUCUGCUCAGUCUGCCUGGACUGUCAAGCUUGAGGGUGUGGAAUGAGAGCUGUGGGUGAAAACAGCAAAUCUGCCUAUGCCUUUCUCUUAACUUGAGGCUAAGCCAU